AUGGUUGGGUUCCCUAAUGUAGGGAAUCCUACGCGUAUUUUAUAUAACACGGGUGUUGACGAUACAGACAAAAAAUGGUCACCAGUUAAUACUUUGGUAAAACCUGUCAACAGCAUGGAUUUAAUGCCAAUGGACUAUCCAGAUGUCCCGGUAUUUGACCCCAAACAGGAAAUGGGGGCCAUUCCCAAGUCUAAGCAGCCAGAGUCAGCCAAGUUACCUAUACCUAUGAAGUUGGAGCCGCCAUCUUCAUAUGAUGAGAUGACUAGGCAUCGACUUAGUUCACUCUGGUUAAAUCGACCCGAAGUAUCCAGUCAACCCCCGCCCAGUCAUGCGCCCAGCUACUACCCAACUGAGGACAAAGCUAGUGUCCAAGUAUCGAGGUCGGACAAGACACCUCAAAGGUCAUGUAAGUCUUCGAGGUCACCUAGCAAAGGGACAUCGUCUUUCAGGUCUCUUAAACCAAGAUCAUCAAGGUCAUCGAGGUCACCUGGAAAGCCGAUGCAUCAUCACAAAACUAGGUCACCAUCAGAUACUAGAGCCAGUUCAAAGGGUAGGUCUGGACACCAUAGGCGCCGUCAUGACUCCAGGUCAACAUCCAGGUCUAGAAGGCAACCUAGUUCCUCUAGGCACCGAGGAUGUUCGCCAUGUCGUCAUGACCGUAUGAGCACUAGCCGGAGUGUUCGGUCUCCUUCAAGGAAAGGUUACAGCGAUCGCUCUGUUUCGCGUCGCCACAAGCGCUCUGUUUCGCGUCAUCGCAGUCGCGGUCAUCACAAUCGCUCCAGUCGAGAGAAGUCGAGAUUUUAUUUUGACACCUCAAGUUCUGGUAGCGAGUCCAGUGGAGAUGACUAG